AUGCUCCCAGGAAUGAGCAGUGUGGUGUCUGGGAGGACAGCAGAAGGGCUUCUGUCUUAUUCCUCUGCCUCAUCAAUGGAUGCCUUCACUCUUCAGGAAACCCAGAAGCUCCAUUCCCACAAGAAGCUUUAUUUCCCGGCCUUUGCUCAAUGCUUCCUUGUACUGAUACUACAGUUUUCAGUCAAACCGGUUACAGGAUCUCUCUUAGAAGAGACAACUCAGAAGUGGUUUCAAUACAAAGAAAAGUGUCUGAUAGAGUUACAAAAUCGACCGUCUGGUGUGUAUUGUAAUGGGACAUUUGACAGGUAUGCCUGCUGGCCUCAUUCACCUCCAGGAAAUGUCUCUAUUCCCUGUCCUUCAUACUUACCUUGGUGGAACAAAGAAAGCCCAGGAAGAGUAUACAGACGUUGCUUGGCUGGGGGAACUUGGCAGACUCUGGAGAACUCUACAGAUAUUUGGCGGUAUGACACAGAAUGUUCUGAGAAGUACAGCCUCAAAGAAAAUGCUGAACACCACACACUGCUUUCAACUUUACAGAUAAUGUAUACCCUGGGAUAUUCCCUCUCACUCAUUUCCCUCUUCUUGGCUCUCAUAAUUCUCUUGUGUCUAAGAAGAGUUCACUGCACUCGUAACUAUAUCCACAUGAAUUUGUUUGGUUCCUUCAUGCUUCGAGCUCUGGCUAUAUUGGUGAAGGACAUCAUCGUACACAAUUCCUACUCAAAAAGGCCAGAUGAUGAAAAUGGAUGGAUGUCCUACCUGUCAGAGUCUUCAUCCAUGUGUCGGACUGCACAAGUUCUUCUUCACUACUUUGUUGGAGCCAAUUACUCAUGGCUUUUAGUUGAAGGCAUUUAUCUUCACACGCUGCUGGGACCUUUGGUACUUUCCCAGAAACGCCUCUUGCCCAGAUAUAUCUUGGUAGGCUGGGCAUUUCCUGUUUUGUAUGUUGUCCCUUGGUGGAUUACUCGAGCAAAGCUGGAGAACACAGGGUGCUGGGGGACAAACAAAAAUAUGAAAAUCUGGUGGAUCAUCAGAGGACCAAUACUACUUUCAAUUACAGUCAAUUUCUUCAUUUUCCUGAAAAUUCUCAAGUUGCUCAUAUCUAAACUCAAAGCCCAUCAAAUGUGCUUCAGUGAUUAUACAUACAGGUUGGCAAGAUCAACAUUGGUCCUUAUUCCUUUGCUGGGUGUCCAUGAGAUAGUCUUCUCUUUCGUCACUGAUGACCAAGUUAAAGGUUCUUCAAAACACAUAAGACUCUUCAUUCAGUUAACAAUGAGUUCCUUCCAUGGGCUUCUCGUGGCCUUCCUCUACUGUUUUGCUAAUGAAGAGGUAAAAGCUGAGCUGCGGAAGCACUGGAUUCGUUUCCUGCUCGCCCAUCACAUCAGUUGUGUAGGCUGUGUUUUGGAGAGAAACUUCAAGUACUUUGGGAAGCAUUCCAAGAGUCAGGCGAGUCAGCACUUUGGGUGGAAUCCGGGACCAGGAGAGUACAGACCUGACAGCAGUGGGCAGCUUCCACACUUGGCUGGAAGGGACCAAAGGACUUUCAGCUCCCAGCCGCACCGAGGUAAAGUGGCCCUUGUCAGGGGCAGCCUGUCUGAGAGCAGCGAGGGUGACUUCACCAUCAUUGACACCACAGAGGAAAUUCUGGAGGAGAGUGAAAUUUAG